UGUUGACUUUCUCAUUUCUCUCUCACUCAAACUCACUCUACUGACCAUUCAUCAAUGGCUACCAUAAUUAACCUUUCUUCUCCGCAAGUUCUAUCUUUUCAUCGAUUUUCCUCUUUUUAUCCCAAAAAUACCCCUACCCUUUCAUUCAAUUUCCACCCAAACUCUUCCACAACCCUACGCCCAAUUUCCCUCAAACCCUACCAUUCAGUAAAGCCUAGGACACGGAUAAUAGCUAUGGCAGUCAAAAACCUUGCCGAGACGGAGUUAGUGACGGUGUCGCCGGAAAAUGAUGGACCAACCGGAGAAUUGCCGUCAGAAGCCGGAGUUUAUGCUGUUUAUGAUAAGGAUGGCGAGCUUCAGUUCAUUGGAUUGUCGCGUAAUAUUGCUGCCACCGUUUCGACGCACCGGAAAUCAGUGCCGGAGCUUUGUAGCUCCGUCAAGGUUGGGGUAGUGGAUGAACCUGACAGAGAGGCUCUGACCCAAGCGUGGAAGUCAUGGAUGGAAGAAUACAUAAAAGUCACUGGGAAAGUUCCACCUGGUAAUGAAUCUGGAAAUGCCACUUGGACAAGACAACAACCUAAGAAGAAGCCUGAUCUUCGAUUAACACCCGGUCGGCAUGUGCAACUUACCGUCCCUCUUGAGGAACUCGUCGACAAGUUGGUAAAAGAGAAUAAGGUAGUUGCAUUCAUCAAGGGAUCUAGAAGUGCACCGUUAUGUGGAUUCUCGCAAAAAGUGAUAGGCAUUCUUGAAAAGGAAGGAGUAGAUUAUGAGAGUGUAAAUGUGUUGGAUGAAGAUUAUAACUAUGGAUUGAGGGAGACACUUAAAAAGUAUAGUAACUGGCCUACAUUCCCUCAAAUAUUUUUGAAUGGUGAACUUGUUGGUGGUUGUGAUAUAUUGACCUCCAUGUUUGAGAAAGGUGAAGUUGCUGGUUUGUUCAAAAAUUAAUUAAUUAAUUAAUUGUUUAAGUGAAUCUGCAUAUUUAGGCAUUCUUUGAAAUGAGGGACUUGCUAGGAGUUGAAUGUGGGGAACAUCAAGGGAAGGAGAAAUGCAGGUCAUAUCUUCUUGUAUUAAUGUUUAAUAUAAUUUUAUAAAUUUUAUUUCAUCUAGUGUAGAAAAUAAUUUUAUAAAUUCUAUUUAUAUUAUUAAUUAUUUCUCUUAAGGGGUGUAUCAGCUGUAGAUGCUGUCAUGUGACCCUUCAAUAUUAUCAAGUCUGCAUGACUUUUGUUGUUCUA